AUGAGCGCCCAAGUAGAGCAACCCGUCCAACCCGUCGCCCCAGUCCCAGAAGAGCCAAAGCCAGAGAAUGGUACCACCAGUGAGACCAACGGCACCGAAGAAGUGAAAACCGAAGAGACAAAGGAAGCCAAGAAGGAGAAGGAAGCUCCAGUACCAAUCGACCCGAAGGAGGACUUUGUUGGCUGGGUGGGACAACAGAUCCCCAAUGCCAUUCACAAGGUAGGGCUUUUGGAAAUUUAAAUUUUUGAACUUUUAUAAUAUCUUUUUGUCUUACCAGUCAUUAAAUUAUGGGUUAUUGUUCUAAUUUAUUUGUUUUUAUCAGUUUGUGAUAGCUUUUGCUUAGUGUCUACAAUGUAUUCGAAUAACGACUUUUUAAUGACUACAGUGACACUUUUAUUAAUUACCUCAGUUAUUUAUAACUUUUUGAAUUUAUAGCCUUGUUUAUGACAAAAUGAUGACAUUCCAUGCUUCGUUAUUCUUACUUUAUCUAGUUAUCAACAUAUAUUUAAAGUCAUAGUACUUUGAAAAGAAAACUACAGUAUAUUUUACGUCAUAACUAUAAAUUAUGAGCUAUACCAAUACUUAUUAGCUAUAACAACGUACUAUUAGCCAUAACAAUAUAGUAUGUGUCAUACCAAUGCUUCAUGUCUCAUUGAAUAGAGCAUUCCUUUAGUUUCGAUGAUCAUAUCACCUGAUUCAACUCGAUUCCCAGCCUUGUCUAAAGUCCAUGUUUAUAUUAAUCAUUAUCAGUUAUUACACAUCUUAUCUAAUUGUUUUAGUUUAACUUCUACAUUCUUCAAUGGGCCGUCAACCUCGCCUACGAUGACGAAUCCAAGAAGCCCAAACUUCCGGCCAACGAAGAGAUCACCAAGUCCCAGUUCCUGAACUACCUGAAGGACGGCCAGAUCCUCGCCAACUUGGCCAACAAAUUGCACCCAUCCUCGGUGGAGACCGUGAAGGAAGGUGAAGAUGCCAAGACCAAGGAAGCCCAGAAGGAGAACAUCGAAGGCUUCAUCAAGUUCGCCAAGGAGAAGGCCGAGCUCAACGAGUCGCAGAUCUUCGCCGCCGAAGACCUCCAAGAGAAGGGCAAAGCCGGCUUCAACCAGGUCCUGAACACCCUCUUCCAGCUGGCCCACAUCACCCAGACCAAGUUCCAACAACAAGGCAUCGACGUCGACGCCGUUAUCACCGAAAUCGCCGGAAUCGCACCAAAGUCGAUCAUCGAGAAGAUCCGCACCUUCGUGUUCAACAAGCUAAGAAGACAGUCGUCGACACAGGAGAAGGAGAAGGAAGAGAACAAAGAAGAAGAAGCCAAGAAAGAAGAACCACAAGAAGCCGCCGCCGAACCAGCACCAGCAACGGAAGAGAAGAAGGAAGAGGUAGGACAAUGGAGAUACCAAAUUGGGGACUGUAAUUACAGGGCUGGGCAUUGUUUGAAGGGGUAAUGAGGUUAGGCGGGUGGGGUCUGAUUAGAGGCCUAGCUGAAAGGUGAGGUCAGGUUUGGCUUAGCGACGAUUAAUUGGGGAACUAGUUAGGGAUGGCAUGUUCUUCUAAAUUUCAAUUUAAAAUUUAUGGCAGGUUAUUUUAAUUUUACUUUAAAAUUUUUUGAAGCGAAAUUUAAUUGAAAAGCCGACAAGACCCUCUUCACUGCUGUCUACUAUAAUAUUUCAUAAUACUGAGUAAAACAAAAUAGUUUUCCCUAAAAUGAGUAACUUUCAAAUUGAAAUACGAUUUCGAAAUGCAAAAAAUAAUUGUUUUGGUAGAGUUACGAAACACAACAUGAGUAAUGGCAGUCGAAAUAGGUCAGAAACAAGAUUUAUUUUCAAAAUCUGAGUCAAUACAUUACUCAGCACUCUUAAUACAUUUCCGAUCGCGCAGUUAUUAAAAAAGGUAUUAAUAUUAACCAUUGAGUCGGAAAUGCUUGGCAUUAGUCAAUUUCUAGACUUGCAAGUUAUUUUAGGCGGUAAAAUAGGAAAAGUGGACAUAUAGACAUAAAUUUAGGUAACAAAAUUAAUGGAAUGAAACAUAGUAAUUUAAAACAAAGGUAUUUAUAAAUUAUUAGAUAUUACACUCAAUUAUAACAUGUAUAACAUAUUAACCAUGUAUACAAUCGCAUAACGACCUCCUCUUUCAGGCGCCAGCAGUGACAGCCCAGUAA